UUCGUUUUCCUUUUCAUGCAUGCUUGAUGACGUUGAGUCACCACCCAAUGAAUAUAUAGAAUAAAUUAUUACAUUUGUUGUAUUCCAAAGAGAAAAGAGAACAGAUCCCAUUAUUUGAGAUAUAUUUGUGACAAUGAAUAAUCAAUCAUCAUCAAUACCGACGACAACAGCAACCAAAGGAUGGGUUUUGCCAUACGAAACCCCAAGACUAAGGGACCAUUACGUGGUGGGGAAGAAGCUGGGGCAAGGCCAAUUUGGCACCACCUAUGAAUGUAUUCACAAGGCUACUGGCACCGUUUUCGCUUGUAAGUCGAUCCCAAAGCGUAAACUUUUAUGCCGUGAAGAUUACGACGAUGUUUGGAGGGAGAUCAAGAUCAUGCACCAUUUGUCGGAGCACCCGAGCGUGGUGCGGAUCGAGGGGACUUAUGAAGAUUCCGUGUUUGUUCACUUGGUUAUGGAGAUUUGUUUAGGCGGUGAACUUUUUGAUAGGAUUGUGGCUAAAGGACAUUACAGUGAAAGAGAGGCUGCUAAGCUUAUUAAAACGAUCGUGGGUGUUGUGGAGGCUUGUCAUUCUCUUGGGGUUAUGCAUAGAGAUCUCAAACCUGAGAAUUUCUUGUUUGAUUCUCCUGGUGAUGAUGCCGUCCUCAAGGCUACAGAUUUUGGUUUGUCUAUCUUCUAUAAACCAGGACAACGUUAUGCUGAUGUUGUUGGGAGUCCCUUUUAUGUUGCACCAGAGGUUUUGUGCAAGCAUUAUGGACCAGAAAUAGAUAUAUGGAGUGCAGGUGUUAUCCUUUACAUUUUGUUGAGUGGUGUUCCACCAUUUUGGGCAGAAACUGAAUCAGGAAUAUUCAGACAGAUUUUACAUGGGAAACUCGACUUCACAUCCGAACCAUGGCCUUGCAUCUCCGAAAGUGCAAAAGAUCUAAUACGAAAGAUGCUUGAGAGGCACCCUAAGUCAAGAAUUUCUGCUUAUCAAGUCUUAUGUCACCCAUGGAUUGUUGAUGAUAGAGUUGCCCCGGACAAACCUCUAGAUUCUGCCGUGCUAUCACGCUUGAAGCAGUUCUCGGCGAUGAACAAACUUAAAAAGAUGGCGUUGCGUGUCAUAGCAGAACGACUCUCCGAGGAAGAAAUAGGUGGUCUGAAAGAGUUGUUCAAAAUGAUCGACACGGACAGCAGCGGGACAAUAACGUAUCAAGAACUCAAAGACGGUUUGAAGAAAGUGGGGUCUGAAUUAAUGGAAUCUGAAAUCAAAUCUUUAAUGGAAGCAGCCGAUAUCGACAACAAUGGAACAAUCGACUAUGGUGAAUUCAUUGCAGCAACACUGCACAUGAAUAAGCUGGAGAGAGAGGAAAAUAUAGUAGCUGCUUUCACCUUUUUUGACAAAGAUGGUAGUGGUUAUAUCACGGUAGAUGAACUUCAACAAGCUUGCAAAGAGUUUGGUUUAGGUGAUGUUCAUCUGGAGGACAUGAUCAAAGAAAUAGACCAAGAUAAUGAUGGAAGAAUAGAUUAUGGGGAGUUUGCAGCAAUGAUGAGAAAGGGUGAUGGGUUAGGAAGAAGCAUAAGCAUGAGAAGCAACCUCAACAAGAAUAUAGCUGACGCCUUUGGACUUGGAGUGAAAGACUUAACAUCAAUCUCCUCUUCCUCUAACUCUAACUCUUAACUCUGACUCUAACUCUAACUCCUGUCCUUCUUCUAGUUAGCAUCAUUUCUUACAUUUAAAUUUGUCUAUCCAAAUUUAACCCUUCUUUGCUUGAGUUGAUAUUGUAUAGACACAAUGAUAAUUGGAUCUUUAUAUUUAUAUUUAUAUACACAUAUUAUCAAGCUAAUGUACUUUAUUUAGCAAUGGUGAUUGCUUAAGCUUAAAAUUUUCCUUUUCUCUUA